AUGGCAAUGCGCGUCUUACACUUUAAGAACUGCUGUGUUGUCAUCAUACUGUCCCAUGGGGCUGAGGUGAGUCACAGCCGCUUCCCUGGUGCUGUGUAUGGUGUGGACGGACAGUAUGUCCCAGUUCAGCACAUCACAAACUACCUCAAUGGCCAGCAUUGUCCAUCGUUACAGAGCAAACCCAAACUUUUCUUCAUCCAGGCCUGUGGAGGAGGUGAAAAAGACACAGGAUUUGAGGUGUCGCCUAAUGAGGUCCAACCAUCCAUCGGUGGGACUGAUGAUCAGAUGGACGCCAUUCCAAUGUCGUCCAGCAGUGACUCUCUGAGCAUGUCCGAUGAACCGGACGCCAGAGCCACACUGCCCACCCCGAGUGACAUUCUGGUGUCCUACUCUACUUUUCCUGGUUACGUGUCUUGGAGAGACACCCAGUCGGGUUCCUGGUAUGUCGAGACACUGGACUAUAUUCUUGAGGAAAAUGCUGCUACCCAUGACUUGUCCACAAUGUUGAUGAUGGUCAACAAUGAAGUCUCCCAAAUCUCUGCAAAAGGGCUCUACAAGCAAAUGCCUGGUUCCUUUAACUUCCUCCGCAAACUUCUCUAUUUUCAAAGCCAGCCAUAAACGAAGAGUUCAUUUAACACUUCUUAGUUUCACUUUCAGGGAAUGCUAUGUAUGUAUGGUAUGGAGUAAAAUUUCUUGGGCUUAUGUCUCUGGCAGAGUUGCAAAGUGAAUGAAUUUGCUUAAUUGUGGUUGUACUUUUUAGUGGCUUAAUCAUGUCUUACUGUACAUUUCUGUUGUUUGUCGUGUCUUGCUGUUUUUCAAUUAAGGUUUUUAACUUUAAUUGUUUUUGAUAUCCUUGCUGUCUUAUCAACACAUAGCAGCUGUACAUUUUCAAGAGUGGACAAUCAACAUAAUGUUCAAUGUGUACUCUGCAAAUCUAUAUAAAAUACUUUGGUGACUCUCA